UGAGAGGACAUGCCAGGGAGAGACACGUCUGGAGCUAAGGCUGGACGGGCUGGGAGAUAUGUAGCUAGUUGCUUUCUUCUUCGGGGUAAAAACCGAGGCUGAUCUGAGCUACCAACGGAGGAGAGUUGAUUUGAAAGCCGGGACCUCGUUUUUCUUCAUCCAGCUGAACUGAAGACCAGAACACCUUCCUCCUGCACUAAACCCUCAUGUUCAUCACGCCUUAAAAGUGCCAGUUUAACUCCCUCAUUAGACCACAGAAGUGUUAGAACAGCGGUUUUCAACAUUUCUGCUGAAUCUCCUCCAUCAUCGUUUUUUAUGUAUUUGGAGUGUGAACCAUGUAGCCCCUCCCCUUUAUGCUGACGAAGAGCCACAACACACAGAGCUGGGAUCAGUCUGAGAGCCGGGACCAGUCAGAGAGGACUGAUAUCAGUCAGAGUCACCAUCAUCACCAUCAUCAGUCUGACACCAACUCAGAGGAAGACAGAGGAUGGGAGCAGUGAUCUCGCCUCUAGGACUUUCUCCUUGUGUUUGUGAGUAAGACUAAACUAAAUGGGUUCUCCUCCCUUCUCACCCUGUCUGUACUAUAGAAGUACUAUGGUACUAUGCUCCAUGGAAGCUUUCAGUUGUAUAGAGUCCAGUCCAGGUCAGGCUUUAGAGAUGCUAACUGAUGAGUGAUAUAGUGAAUGUCCGAGUACUAACUAUGGUUGAACCGGUGGGGUUUGUGGCGGCAUGGAGAGCCCAGUUCCCUGAGUCUGAUCCCCCUUGCAUGGAGCUGAACUCACUGGGGAACAUUGAACAAGAGCUGAAGAAAUGCAAGUUAUCCAUCAGGCACUUGGAGAAGGAAGUAAACAAGGAGCGCUUUCGGAUGAUCUACCUGCAGACUCUGCUUGCUAAAGAGAGAAAGUCUUAUGAUGGGCAGCGGUGGGGAUUUAAAAGCACGGCCCACAUGAAUGAUGGAGACCUGCUCGGUGGCCCAGACAGCCAGACCACAGAUGAGGAGCAGCAGCAGAGAGGGCCUGGCCAGACGGCCAGUUGUCAACCACAUCCAGAAGCAGAGGUGGAUGACGGGGCAUCCCCGGCCAAACAGAAGGGAGGAGAUUCACCAGGCAUCCCUGAUUUCCCCCUGGGCACAGGCUCGGUGGCAGCUUUGAGAUCCAACUUUGAGCGCAUCAGGAGGGUCAACUCUCACACGGCCGGAGAUGGCAGAGGGUUGUCAGUGAUGGGCGGCCAGGAGAAACCUUUCUACGUGAACAUGGAGUAUCAUCAGGAGCGAGGGCUGGUCAAAGUCAAUGACAGGGAGGUCUCCGACAAGAUCAGCAACCUGGGCAGUCAGGCCAUGCAGAUGGAGCGCAAGAGGUCUCUGCACUCCCUCCCAGGGAAUCUAUCAGCCGUCACGGGGGACAUCAACAAGGCUGUUCAGAGAGGUAGAUCCACCGAGGGGAACCGCAGCUUCAACGGGUCGUAUGAUGACGCCGAGGUCAGCCCACACUUCAUGAAAGACGGCGUGAUCUGUUCCACUGGGGGGAAGGCUGAGCGGCAUUCGGCAGAGUGCCAGCCGUAUACCACUGUGUAUGUUGGGGGGAUGAUGGCUGACGGGGACACCCGAGUCAUCCACAUCAGGGACCACAGCAUAGAGGAGGAUGCUCACCUCACCUGGCCGAGGCGCUCCUACUCUCCCGGCAGCUUCGAUGACGUAGGAGGCGGCUACACACCAGACUGCAGCUCCAAUGAGAACUUAACAUCCAGCGAGGAGGACUUCUCCCCGGGCCAGUCCAGCCACGUGUCUCCCAGCCCCACCACCUACCAGAUGUACAGGGACAAAAGCCGCUCACCCUCUCAGCACUCCCAGCAGUCCUUUGACAGCAGUAGCCCGCCCACACCCCUGUCUCAGAAAUGCCUGAAGCAGCAGGUGAUGGUGUCCGAAGCCUCCAUCAUUGGGGUCCGUAAAACGGGCCCGAUCUGGCCCGGUGACGGGGACUCCACCACGUCCAGCAGGACCUCUCAUGACAACAGUGUUCAAGGAGAUCUAGAGGAUCCCUACAAUGAGACCCCUCCAUCAUAUGGCUAUGACCUGGAGCACUCAGAGGAGCACCAGCCUCGCCACGAUCCUCUAUCCUUCACCGGCUCCCCGUCCUCCUCGCCACGACUCCGCUCCAAGAGCCGGAGCAGCCGAGACACUCAGUCGUCCGGCUCUCUGGAGUCCACGCUGUCGGUGGAGUUGGAUCAGGAGAAGGGGCUGGAGAUGAGAAAGUGGGUUCUGUCAGGAAUCCUGGCCAGUGAGGAGAUCUAUCUGAGCCACCUGGAGGCCCUACUCAUACCCAUGAAGCCUCUGAGGGCCGCAGCCACAACUUCCCAACCAAUGCUGACCAUUCAGCAGAUAGAGACCAUCUUCUUCAAAGUGCCAGAGCUUCAUGAAAUCCACAAGGACUUCUAUGACGCUCUGCUGCGAGUCCAGGACUGGGGCCACCAGCAGUGUGUGGGCGACCUCUUCCAGAAACUGGCGAGCCAGCUUGGAGUCUACCGGGCCUUUGUGGAUAACUAUAAGGUUGCUGUGGAGACGGCAGACAAGUGCUGCCAGGCAAAUGCUCAGUUUGCGGAGAUAUCUGAGAAUCUCAAAGUCAAAAGCACAAAGGACUGCAAAGACCAGGUGGCUAAGAAUUCACUGGAAACUCUUCUCUACAAACCUGUGGACAGAGUGACGCGCAGCACACUCGUUCUGCAUGACCUCCUGAAGCACACGCCCUCCAGCCACCCGGACUAUCCGCUGUUACAGGACGCCCUGCGCAUCUCUCAAAACUUCCUGUCCAGUAUAAAUGAAGAGAUCACGCCGCGUAGACAGUCCAUGACAGUUAAGAAGGGAGAGAACCGUCAGCUGCUGAGGGAUCGCUUCAUGGUGGAGCUGGUCGAUGGUUCCAGGAAACUCCGCCACGUCUUCCUCUUCACCGACCUGCUGCUCUGCACCAAGCUGAAGAAACAGGCUGCAGGAAAAGGACAACAGUAUGACUGUAAAUGGUACGUCCCACUGGCUGACCUGACCUUCCAGACCAUCGAGGAUUGUGAGUCCACCCCCAUCCCUCUGGUCCAGGAUGAGGAGAUCGACGGCAUGAAGAUCAAAAUCUCCCAGAUCAAGAACGAAAUCCAAAGAGAGAAGAGAACCACCAAAGGACCCAAAGUGAUGGAGCGACUGAGGAAGAAGCUAUCAGAACAAGAGUCUCUGCUGCUUCUCAUGUCGCCCAACAUGGCGUUCAGAGUGGCCAACAGAAACGGCAAGGGUUUCACGUUUCUCAUCUCUUCUGACUAUGAACGUGCCGAGUGGAGGGAGAUUGUUCGUGAGCAGCAGAAGAAGUGCUUUAAAAGCUCCUCUCUGACCUCUCUGGAGCUGCAGAUGCUCACUAACUCAUGUGUGAAACUCCAGACUGUUCACACCAUUCCAAUGACCAUGAAUAAAGAAGAUGAUGAGUCUCCUGGUUUGUACGGCUUCCUAAAUGUCAUCGUCCACUCUGCGUCAGGGCUGAAACACAGCUUAAACCUUUACUGCUCUCUGGAGGUGGAUUCCUUUGGCUACUUUGACAAAGCCAAAACCCGAGUGUACAGAGACUCUACAGAGCCCAACUGGAACGAGGAGUUUGAGAUUGAACUGGAGGGCUCUCAGACUCUGAGGCUGCUCUGCUAUGAGAAGUGCUGCAACAAAACCAAGCAGAGCAAAGAGGAUGGAGAGAUCGCGGACAAGAUCAUGUCCAAAGGACAAAUAAAGCUGGAUCCUCAUACAUUGCAAAAUAAAGAUUGGCAGAGGACAGUCAUCACCAUGAAUGGGAUUGAGGUGAAGCUUUCGAUGAAGUUCACCAGCAGAGAGUUCAGUUUGAAGCGAAUGCCUUCACGGAAACAGUCCGGAGUCUUUGGAGUGAAGAUCAACCUAGUAACUAAGCGAGAGCGCUCUAAGGUUCCCCUCAUUGUGAGACAGUGUGUGGAGGAGAUUGAGCGGCGAGGGAUGGACGAGGUGGGAAUCUACAGAGUGUCUGGUGUCGCAACUGACAUCCAGGCACUGAAGGCUGCCUUUGAUUCAAACAACAGGGACGUGUCUGUCAUGAUGAGGGAGAUGGACGUAAAUGCCAUCGCUGGAACACUGAAGCUGUAUUUCCGCGAGCUGCCGGAGCCUCUUUUCACUGAUGAGUUGUAUCCCAACUUUUCUGGGGGCAUCGCUCUCUCUGACAGUGUGGCCAAGGAGAGCUGCAUGCUCAACUUGCUGCUGUCUCUACCAGAGCCCAAUCUGGUGACCUUCCUCUUCAUGCUCGACCACCUUAAAAGGGUGGCUGAAAAUGAGAGCAUCAACAAGAUGUCUUUGCACAAUCUUGCCACAGUUUUUGGCCCCACUUUGCUGCGGCCCUCAGAAAAAGACAGCAAAAUCUCAAACAGCUCACAGCCAAUCUCCAUGAACGACAGCUGGUCACUAGAGGUCAUGGCUCAGGUGCAAGUCCUUCUCUACUUCCUUCAGCUGGAGAGCAUUCCCACACCUGACAGCAAACGUCAAAGCCUUCUGUUCUCUACUGAAGUAUAACGGGAACAUCAUGCACUUGUUCUGUCCAGAGGCACAAUGUCUGCUGCUUAAUGAGGUGGAUGCUGCUGAGCAGCCAUGGCUGGCUGGUGUCAUUUAGCCACUAGGUGGAACCAUCAACACAUUGUAAAAUGGAAACAGCCACCAUGACCAAAGCCCUUUCUUCUGGAGAUGUUCUGUUUACUUACAAGCUUGCCUGCUGGGUCAGUAAUGGACAAAAUAUACCAUUCCUUUUUUAGUUAAAUUUAAAUAUCAAGAAGCGUUAUUUACUUUACUUUAAUAUUUUCCACUGCCCCGCUCUGUCACUGUGCAAAUUGACUCCAUAUUCGCCGUGGGGAUGUCUGCUGUAGUUGGAUUUUGUAAGAUGUAUUUCCGUGGACUUAUGAAUGGUUGGAUGAAUGGACAUAUAUGUCACGUCUAUGCAUGUUUUUUUCCCAAAAUGUUUGACUUGGUUGAAGGUUCACCUGUGCCAAUGUUUCCCUGCUGAUGACCAAUAGAGCAUUUCAGUUACCCUAAUGUUUACACACACUCUUCAUUUUGUACAGAAUAUAACAGUAUGAGACUGAAAACUGUAGCCUAGUUAACACGCAGCAACAUGCAGGCAUGUUGACCUCACCAUUUCAAGUGUGUGGUGUCUGUGCUAUACAACUGUAGUCAGUUCACGGGUCCUUCUGGUGGUGUCCAAGCCAACAUUAUGUAGAUAUGAGUGCUUUUUUUUUGAAGUGGAAGAGAAGUGAAAGGCAAAUCAUUCCAGGAAAAGGCGAGGCCCAAUCCUUCCAAUGUAUACUGUGCUGUGUUUCAUUUUAAUUUCACAGUUGUCUUUUGUCCAUAUUUCACAUGUUUUGUGUCCACAUUGUUUUUUUUUCUGCUUUGAUUUUUUCUGUUGAUGUAUAUGUGUUGCUUCCUGCAUUCCUUCUCUGCAGUCUAUCUGUAUAGGACACAACCACACUGCUGUAGAAAUGAGAGCACCUGGACAUUAUCUCAGAUACCGGUAGUAGUUCCUAGUAGGACUCCUGGUUUAUUAAUAGCUUUAGCAUCCACAUACCUAGUAUUACUUCCUGAAAAAACACUGUGUUCUUGCAUUAAUAUUUUUUUCCAAAUCAAAUACAAUAAUUCAAACACUUGUUAGCACAAACUAUAACCCUAGAGGCUUGUGAUUUAUGUCAAAUAAGCAAUAAAUCGUAGUGAUUCUAAGGAUGAGGCUAGUGGAUCUUGUAUGUAAAUAAAAACUUGGUAACAUUA